AUGCCAAUAGCAGAAGACCAAAUGACAAUUCCAUCAGAGUUACCAGAAAUUUUAAAGCAGUUCACAAGAGAUGCCAUUAAUACACAGCCAUCAGACCUGUUGGAGUGGUCUUACAUGUAUUUCAGUGCUUUGAAGAAUGGGACAAAAUUACCAACUGAAGAUUGUCAAAAAAGGUCAAGUAUUUCAAAAUGGGCAACACUGUCUCCAGAAAUUCUAAAGGAAUUGCACAAAAAAUUAGGUGGAAGACUAAAAAUAACAUCAAAUGAGCUAAUAGAGUUAUGGAAUGAUCUAGGUUUACCACCGGACUUGUACAGCAGUAUAAUGUUGGUAGGAUGCCUGUCCAAACAGAUCGAAUGGUUAAAGUUCUUAGCCCUGGCAUGUAGUGCUCUUGGAGUGACAAUUGCUAGAACCCUGAAAAUUGCAUGUGAAGUUUUGUCAGAAGAAGACAGUGGGCCUCCUAGUAUCCAAUUCAGCACAUUCCAGUUCCUUUACAGCUUUCUUGCAGAAGUGGACGGCGAAGUAUUGGAAACACAAGUUCAUCAAAUGCUGUCUUAUUUAGAACAACAAGUGGUUGGACCAGAUGGGCUGAUUAAGGUAUCUGACUUCAUUGACAACCCAAACGUGAGACUGGAAUAA